AUGUCCAAGUUCAAGAUCAACAGCAAAAAAUAUCAUCAAAGGGGAGAUCUCAUAGUAGGUGGCAUAGGGACCCUAGGCAGUUUUUUGCAUGGUGCCCUAAAUUUUGAACAAGUGCCACCACCACCAUUGCAGGAAGAUCUCAUCUUGUUGCCUAAGAAUUACCAACAUAUCCUGGCCUUGGUAUUUGCAGUGAAGGAGAUCAAUGAAAAUCCUCAUAUCUUACCCAAUGUCACCCUGGGCUUCCACAUUUAUGACAGUCACUUCAGUGCAGAGAAGACCUAUCAUGCCACAAUGCUUCUACUUUACAGCUUGAAGAAUUUUGUUCCCAACUACAUCUCUGGUAUUGAGAACCAUCUGACAGCAGUGAUUGGGGGAUUAGACUCCAAAACAUCAAUUGACAUUGCAAAUGUCUUGGAUAUCUACAAAGUUCCACAGCUGGUCUAUGGCUCUGCUCCAAUCAUGAAUUAUAAAACCCCACGCCUUUCCUUCUUCCAAAUGAGCCCUAUGGAAAGACUUCAGUAUGAAGGGAUCCUGUCUUUGCUUCUUUACUUCAGGUGGACAUGGGUUGCACUUGGUGUGAUGGAAAAUGAAAAUGGAGAAAGAUUUUUAGAUGCAAUUAUACCAUUAUUUUUCAAGCAUGGUGUUUGCUUUGAAAUCAUAGAGAAAAUUGCCAUAAUAACAUCUUUUAAUGAAAUUGGCAGCUUGUUCAACCAAGGUGCAGAAAUCCAUGAUAAAAUCAUAGAUAGCAAGACAAAUAUAAUGAUAUUUUAUGGCGAAUCUUAUUCCAUGAUGCUACUGAGAUGGUUACCAUAUCUGUCAAAAAAAGAACAGAUGGACCAUAUCAUCAAAGGCAAAGUCUGGAUAUUGACAGCCCAGGUGGAGCUCACUUCACAUGUUUAUCAACGUGACUGGGAUUCCCAAAUGAUCCAUGGUGCUCUGUCCUUCACAGUUCAUGCUAAUAACCCACCAGGAUUUAGAGCUUUUGUUUUAAAUAGAAAUCCCUCUGGCGCAGAAGAUGGUUUUAUGAAAGACUUUUGGCAGCAAGCCUUCAACUGUGUAUUUAAAACUUCAGAUAUGGAUGAGGUGAAUGGAGAUAUUUGCAGUGGGAAAGAAAAACUAGAAGAUCUUUCUGGAACAUUUUUUGAAAUGAACAUGAUUGGUCAUAGCUAUAGUAUCUAUAAUUCUGUCUAUGCCAUAGCCCAUGCUUUACAGGCUAUGUCUUCAUCCAGACUUAGACAGAGAUCAAUAGCAGAGGCAGGAAGACUGAAGCUUAAGACUCUAAAUUCAUGGCAGCUACAUCAUUUCUUGAAAGGUGUUUCAUUUAACAACAGUGCUGGGGACAAAGUGACACUUGACCAGAAUGGAGAAUUACUAGUGGGAUAUGAUGUAUUGAACUGGAUUGUUUCUUCUAACCAAUCCUUCAUUAGGAAAAGAGUUGGCAGAUUAGACCCUGAAGCUCCAUCGGACCAAAGGUUCUCUAUUAGUGAAGAUGCCAUAAUCUGGCACAGCUGGUUUAACCAGUCCCAGCCUCUUUCAGUAUGUUCUGAAAGUUGCCACCCUGGUUCAAACAAGAAAGUGAAGGAAGGGGAACCCUUUUGCUGCUAUGACUGCAUCCUGUGUCCAGAUGGGAAGAUUUCCGAGAAGGAAGAUAGUAAUGAAUGUUAUCCAUGUAUACAAGGAAGCUAUCCAAACAAGAACCACAAUUUUUGUAUACCUAAAACAAUGACAUUUUUAUCUUAUGAAGAACUUUUGGGGAUCACUUUAGUUUUGUUUGCCCUUUUCUUUUCUUUGGUCUCAGUGAUGGUGCUUGCAAUAUUUGUGAAGAACCACAAUACUCCUAUCAUCAUUGCCAAUAACCGAGACCUCACUUACAGUCUCCUCAUCUCCCUCCUGCUCUGCUUCCUUUCUGCAUUCCUAUUCAUUGGUCAUCCUGAGAAGAUGGUAUGUCUCCUGCAACAAACGACUUUUGGGGUUGUCUUUGCAGUGGCUGUUUCUUCAGUGUUGGCAAAAACCGUCACAGUGGUUCUGGCUUUCCUGGCCACCAAGCCAGGAUCCAAGAUGCGAAUGUUUGUGGGAAAGAGAUUGUCGAACUCCAUUGUCAUCACCUGUUCUCUUAUUCAAAUAGGUAUUUGCAUGACAUGGCUAAUAACUUCUCCCCCAUUCCCAGACACUGACAUGGAUUCAGUAGUUGAAGAAAUUAUUCUGCAGUGCAAUCAAGGCUCUGUGACUAUGUUCUACAGUGUCUUAAGCUAUUUGGGCUUCUUGGCUGUUAUUAGUUUCAUAGUUGCCUUCAUGGCCAGGAAAUUACCUGAUACAUUCAAUGAAGCCAAGUUCAUCACUUUCAGCAUGUUGGUCUUCUGCAGUGUUUGGAUAUCGUUUGUUCCAACCUACCUGAGCACCAAGGGGAAGUACAUGGUGGCGGUGGAGAUAUUUUCCAUCUUGGCCUCUAGUGCUGGUUUGCUGGGCUGCAUCUUUCUUCCCAAAUGUUAUGUAAUUGUUUUAAGGCCUGAUUUGANAGGGAGAGCAGACGCAGCCCAUGACAGAGACAUGCAAAGCUAA